UCCUAGAAUGGCGUCUGCAGACCUGGGAGCUGAGCUGAGCUGCUCCAUCUGCCUGAGCACUUACACAGACCCUGUAUCCCUGAGAUGUGGGCACAUCUUCUGCCGGGACUGUAUUGUGAGGGUGCUGGAUACACAGGUGGGGGCUGGAGUCUAUUCCUGUCCGGAAUGCAGGGCAGAGUAUCAGGAGCGCCCAGCACUGGAGAAGAACAGAAAGCUGAGUAACAUUGUGGAACGUUUUCUAUGUAGUCACCCGGGACCGGAGGAGACCCAGAUCUUCUGUACUUACUGUGACUCUCCUGUGCCGGCUACUAAAACAUGUCUGCAUUGUGACGCUUCAUUUUGUGACAAACACUUGAGCAAACACAGUAAAUCUGCUGAACAUGUUUUAACUGAACCCACUGUUUCCUUUGAGAACAGAAAAUGCUCCGUACACAAGGAGAUGGUGAAAUAUUACUGCCUUGAGGACUCGGCUGCUAUGUGUACAAUUUGCUGGAUGGCUGGGGACCACCAAGGUCACCACGUGGAGCUUCUGAAUGUGGUCUUUGAGAAGAAAAAAGAGACACUUAGAUCUAUCACUGAGACCCUGAAGUCUGAGAGAGAGGAGACUGAGAGGAGAGUGCAGCGUCUGCAGGAUCACAGGAGAGAGGAAAAGGAGAAAGCCGCUGGUGUCACUGAGAGAGUCACUGAUCUGUUUAGAGACAUCAGGGAGAAGUUAGACACCCUGGAGAGGGGGGUCCUGGGUGAGAUCUCCAGACAGGAAGAGCAGAUGUCACUCUCAGUCUCUGAUCUGAUCACACAGCUGGAGACACAGAAGGAUGAGCUGUCCAGGAAGAUUAGUAGCAUUGAGGAGAUGUGUAACAUCACUGAUCCAUUAACUGUCCUGAAGCAAGAACCAGAGAGUGAUGUCAUCAGUCACAAGAGCUGUGAUGUCACCAGUGAUGUAAGAGUGGCUGGAUGUGUGGAUGAGGGAAUAAUCUCACAGAUGUUACACACGGGACUUUUACACUUUGCUAAUAUUCUGAUGGAUCUACAGACAAAGAGACAGUUCUCAGUGGUUGAGAAAUCAGACAUAUUACUGGAUAUAAAGACAGCCUGUAAUAACAUUAUUAUAUCAUUGGAUCGCAGAUCUGCAUCUUAUAAUGAAGUAUAUCAGCAGAGACCAGCUACACCAGAGAGGUUUUUUGUCCAGCAAGUAUUAAGUUCCUGUAGCUUCUCAUCUGGGAGACAUUACUGGGAAGUGGAUGUGAGUGCAGCAGAUAAAUGGCUGAUAGGGGUGGCCGGUCACAGUAUGGAUAGAAAGAUAAAGAGUAAGGAAUCUUUCAUUGGAUGUAAUGACAAGUCAUGGAGCCUGUGCUGUAUUGACAAUCUUGCAGCACGUCAUAACAAUGUACAUUACAAAAUAGGAGAACUAGAUCCAGUUUCUCCUGUGCAGACAGUGGGGGUAUACCUGGACUAUGAGGCCGGGCGUCUGUCCUUCUAUCAGCUGUGUGACCCCAUCAGACACUUACACACCUUCUCCGCCACCUUCACUGAGCCCCUAUAUGCUGCUUUCUAUGUGCAUAACAAAUGCUGCAUAAAAAUCAUUAAGUAAAUAGUGUAACAAGUAAAUUCUUUGCAAGAAAUCAUAAAAUAUAUUAAUUUACUGUGGGAAAUUAUUUUAAUGACUUAAUACUACUUAUGCAUAUUCUUUGGAUAUUUUUUUUUUUAGAUUGACAACUAUCAUGAACAUAAUAAUAAGAACAGACCAAAGACUAUUGCAGACUUUAGAGCUAUAUGUUGCAUAAUUAAUAUGUGUUCAUCAAAAAGUAACUUCCUUCCAAAAUGUUUGGGCUGAUUAAGUGAUAAUAACAUACAAAGUUCCCCAUAACUGGGGUGCAGAGUUCCCCUGAUCUGCAGAUUCCAGAGGUCAGUGAUCUGGUGCUGGUCUGUUCCCUGAUACUAAGGAGGGUCUGUGCCAGGCAGACAGUGCUGGUGGUGGUGAUGCCACUCUCUGUAGGUCUUCUCAUUCAUGAAGAUCUCAGGAGAGGAGCAUAAAGACCAUUCUUAUCUGUGUUUGGAACAGGCCUUGUUAGCGGUAGUGAUGGCCAUCGUUGGGUUAUCGAUUGAUGGUCACCAUCAAUCGUACCAUUGAUGGAUAACCUUGAUGGUGUGAAACAUUCUGCAAGGAAACCAUCGAUGGUUUUACCCAUCAAUGGGCACCUCUGCUAUAGUAUACACGAGCCAGCGGGCCAAUCAGAGCCUGGGGUGGCGCUUCAUGAGAGCAUUGGGGGGAGGAGCUAAGCUCCAAGCCCCUUACCUUUAAGAAGAAACAAAAAAUAGUUGUUUCUUUAUCAUUGAUGGUGGGAAACCAUCAGGAUACAAGCUGGGAAUUUUACAUUUGUUGCUACAGGAAAGUUAUCAUACUGUCACUGAUACUGGCAUACUGGCAUCAUACAUAUGGCCCUAGCUUCAUCUGUGCGGUGUGUCUGAGUGCUGUUUAUGUGCCUGGCUUCUCUCUCUCUCUCUCUCUCUCUCUCGUUAAAAAUCACUUUUCUCUAAUAUUCACAAUACUUAAGUAUCGUGUGUAUGUAUGAAAAGUUUUCACUAUUUUUUCCCGUGAUUAUUUCUGCAAAACUCUUCUAUGCGUUUUUGUUUAUAUUUUUUGUUUUGUU